CCCUCUCUUUCUUUCUCCUCCCUUCCCUCUUACAUGCACCCCACGUCCUGACACAAUCCCCGCUCCUCCCUUGGGUGCAUGUCGGAGGUGGACUCCUCCUCAACCCGUUCUACCAUUUGCCAAAGACGACGUCUCUCUCUCUCUCUCUCUCUCUCUCUCUCUCUCUCUCUCUGUUUGUCGCACUGAGCAGCGCUGCCCUCCUCGUCGUCCAAGGAACACCGUUUCGACCUGCCUUCCAUUCCGUCUGCCGGCCGGGCAUGCACAAGGCUUGCCUUGACAUGGUGCCCUUUCGAGCCGUCGGCGCUUGAUAGCUCGGUUUCUCGAGCUAGGACUUGGGCUUGACAGGUCGAUGCACCGGGAGGAGAUGUUGGAGGACUCAGGCAACAGAGCACAUACCUUAAGCUUCGAGGAUGCGGGAGGGGGCGGGUCGCUUGCCGACGACAAGGUGCUCGUCAGGAGCCAGGGUUCAACAACGGCCAGCGACGCUUCGGAGGGCCAGCAGAUCGGCACCGCGCCUGAUCGCUUACCUGAGGAAGGACCCAAGUCAAGGCCGAGAAAGGAUGGAAAUGGCCCCCCAUCAGAUAUGGAGUUGAUGAAGGAGAAGUUCGCAAAGCUUCUUCUCGGUGAAGACAUGUCCGGUGCAGGAACAGGAGUUUCCUCAGCUCUGGCUCUCUCUAAUGCCAUCACAAAUCUUGCAGCUUCUGUUUUCGGAGAGCAGUGGCGCUUGGAACCGAUGUCGGCAGAAAGGAAGGCAAGGUGGAGAAAGGAAAUCGACUGGCUCUUAUCCGUCACCGAUCAUAUUGUGGAGUUUGUUGCCUCCCAGCAGACAUCAGAUGAUGGAAAACACAUGGAGAUAAUGAUAACACAGCAACGGAAAGAUCUUCGCAUGAACAUUCCUGCAUUGAGGAAGCUUGAUGCGAUGCUGAUUGUAAGUAGAUAA